AUGCCCUCCAAAUCAUCCCCGCCGUCCUCCUCGCCUGCGUUGAAGCGCAAACAACAAACAAUCUCGAGCUUCUUCACAAAGAAACCAUCUAUAAAGGACCAAGCAGGAGGAACAACUUCAAGUCAAGCAACUACAAAAGCCGAAGCCGAACAGACCAAAACAGUUCCAUCGGGAAAGGAGAAUGCUGUUUUCGUCGGUGAAACAUUCAAUCGGGUAUCAGGCAAAGCAGGAGAAGAUGAGGAGGAGGACGAUCUCGUUCUACCGGCUCCGAAACGAGUCAAGGUUGACGUUGGAAAGGAGACUCGUGCGGAGGUUGACAAUGUCCUAAAUUCGUCGCAGCGCACGGACAGAUUCAAAUUCAACAGUUCGCAACUGGUCACUGAAGAUCACGGGGAUGCGGUAGACGAACGGACUCGUAAAGAGAAGGAGAGACUACACCAGAAAUUCGUCAGUAGAUUAGGCGGACCAGAUUGUCUUAUUGGUAUCAACAAAUCUGCCGCGAACGCUGAAGAGGGAUCUGCAGAAGGCGCCGAAGAUGCUGAAGAGGAUGAAGAACCUACCCCUCCACCAGCACCGAAAGGCAGACAGACGAAAAAGACCGGCUCAAAACUCACGCCCAUGGAGAAGCAAGUCAUUGACAUCAAGCGCAAACACAUGGAUACCUUGCUAGUUGUGGAAGUGGGCUAUAAAUUCCGAUUCUUUGGCGAGGAUGCCCGGACCGCCGCGAAGGAAUUGAGUAUUGUCUGCAUACCGGGCAAAAUGCGGUUUGACGAACACCCUUCCGAGGCGCAUCUGGAUCGGUUUGCGUCUGCAAGUAUACCCGUUCAUCGUCUGCAUGUCCAUGUAAAACGGCUUGUUACUGCGGGACACAAAGUUGGUGUUGUGCGGCAGCUGGAGACGGCAGCUCUCAAGGCUGCUGGUGACAAUCGGAAUGCGCCGUUUGUGCGCAAGCUUACGAAUGUGUAUACGAAGGGCACGUAUAUUGAUGAUGCGGAAGGCUUGUCGACCCCGGCGGCUGCGUCGGCAGGGGCUACGCCAGCGACUGGGUAUCUGUUGUGUAUCACAGAGUCGAAUACGAGUGGUAGUGAUGAGAGGGUACAUGUUGGUAUAGUUGCUGUUCAGCCAGCGACAGGUGAUAUCAUCUAUGACGAGUUUGAGGAUGGGUUUAUGAGAGGGGAGAUUGAAACGAGGCUGCUUCACAUCGCCCCUUGUGAGAUCCUUAUUGUUGGUGAACUUACAAAGGCUACGGAUAAGUUGGUGAAGCACCUUUCAGGCAGCAAAAUGAACGUGUUUGGCGACAAAGUUCGUGUCGAGCGAGUGGCACGAUCGAAAACAGCUGCAGCAGAAGGGCACAGCCGUGUCUCAAGUUUCUAUGCGCAGAAACUCAAAUCCACAGAUGCGGGUGAUGAUGGUAAAGCUAGUGCACUCUUGGAAAAGGUUCUACAGCUACCUGACCAGGUCACAGUUUGUUUGGCAUCUAUGAUUGAUCAUUUAUCAGAAUAUGGACUUGAGCAUGUUUUUGAUCUGACAAAGUAUUUCCAAUCUUUCUCGGCACGAUCUCAUAUGCUUUUGAACGGUAAUACAUUGACCAGCUUGGAGAUUUAUCAGAACCAGACAGAUUAUUCGAGUAAGGGUAGUCUGUUCUGGACCAUGGACCGAACUCGAACACGUUUUGGUCAGAGGUUACUUCGCAAAUGGGUAGGAAGACCAUUAUUGGACAAAAGACAGCUAGAAGAGCGAGUCGAUGCAGUCGAAGAGUUGUUAAAUUCCGAGCAAAACCAGCUCACAGAGAAACUAAAGGACUUGCUCAGCAAAGUCAGAAGCGAUCUUGAGAGAAGUCUAAUUCGCAUCUAUUACGGGAAAUGUACUCGACCGGAGCUUCUCACGGUGCUUCAGACUCUGCAGAUGAUUGCAAACACAUUUGUACAUAUAAAGUCUGCUGGCGAUACUGGUUUUGAAUCGACCAUGAUCAGUGAAGCCAUCGCCGCACUUCCUAUGAUCCAAGAAGAUGUUGUCAUGUUCCUCGAAAAGAUCAAUAUGCAUGCAGCAAAGAACGAUGAUAAGUACGAAUUCUUCCGUGAAUCCGAAGAAUCAGACGAUAUUACCGAACAGAAACUGGGUAUAGCCAGUGUCGAGCAUGACCUGGAACAACAUCUUUCCGUUGCUGCAGAGGUAUUAGGGAAGAAGAAGGUUGAUUAUGUCACUUCAGCGGGCAUCGAGUAUCUCAUUGAAGUUGAUAACAAUUCGGCACAGUUCAAGCGUGUCCCUGCAUCGUGGGCCAAGAUCAGUGGAACUAAGAAGCUAUCGCGUUUUCAUACCCCAGAUGUCGUGCAGCUCAUAAGACAGCGAGACCAGCAUAAGGAAGCACUAGCAGCUGCCUGUGAUAAAGCAUAUAUUAGGCUUCUCGGUGAAAUAUCCACCAGGUAUCAAUCGUUUCGGGAUUGUAUUCAGUCCCUGGCAUUGCUAGACUGUUUAUUCUCUCUUGCCGCCAUUGCCACUCAGCCGGGAUACACGAAGCCUCAAUACACCAACGAAACUCGCAUUGUGGUUGAACAAGGUCGCCACCCAAUGGUCGAGCAACUGUUACUGGAUAGCUACGUCCCGAACGACACGAACCUUGCCACGGAUGAAACACGCGCUCUUCUCGUUACUGGGCCCAAUAUGGGGGGAAAAUCGAGUUAUGUCCGACAGGUUGCCCUGAUAGCUAUCAUGGGCCAGAUCGGGUCUUAUGUGCCCGCCAAAUCCGCAACGUUAGGCAUGCUAGACGCCGUCUUCACCCGCAUGGGCGCAUUCGACAAUAUGCUAACGGGUGAAUCAACAUUCAUGGUCGAGUUAUCCGAAACAGCAGAUAUCCUAAAACAAGCAACACCUCGCUCCCUAGUCAUCCUCGACGAACUAGGCCGUGGAACAUCGACCCACGACGGAGUCGCAAUCGCGCAUGCCGUACUGGAUUACAUGGUCCGCUCCAUCCGUAGCCUUACACUAUUUAUCACCCACUACCAAAAUCUCUCCGUCAUGACGAAAUCGUUUUCGAACAAUGAACUCCGCAACGUCCACAUGCGCUUCACCGAGUCCGGCGGCGAUAAGGAAGGCGAAGAAGAAAUUACGUUCUUAUACGAGGUUGGCGAGGGCGUUGCGCACCGCAGUUACGGACUUAAUGUUGCGCGACUGGCAAAUCUGCCACAUUCGGUGCUGGAUUUGGCAAGACUGAAGAGCAGGGAGCUGGAGGAGAAGAUUAAGCGAAGACGACUUGCUAACGUGGUGAAGAGUGUUGGGGGGAUAUUGUCUGAUGAAAGCAAGUCUGAGGACGCAGCGAUUGAGAAGCUCAUUGGGUUCGCGGAUCAGCUUUGA